CGGGAUAUGCUCACCAACCAGAAGUGGCAAGGCACAGACAGACAGACAGUGCGAUUGAGUGAGUUUGGUUCGAACACUUUUUUCGGGGUUUUUGAAGCACUGCCGAUUUGCUUCGGAAAAUUCAGGUUUUCUGCAAGCGUUUCCCCGACACCCGCGCGUAGGUGUGUGUUUCAGUUGGCCUGCCGGAGUUCCGGGUUCAUGUGGUAUCGUCGUAGACGAGAAGUAACGGUUCCAGUUGAAGUGGAUUCCACGAAAACAGAACAAAAAGUAGAGUAAUAAUAUUUCUUGACGCGUGGUGGUGGACAUACAGAAAAGGUUUGUUUGACCGAGGAAAACUGUACAGGAAAAUCUACGAGAGCAGAACCGUGGAAAAAUGUUGACGCGACAAGUUAUUUUGAACGGAGCUUCGAGCGCACUGAAGACACUCUCGGCGGCGACAUCAUCGCCGAAGAAGACACUGGCGAAAGCGGCUACGUCGGUGAUUGCCGGUAGUGGUGGCCAGCAGUACCAGCAAGCUCGCGAGUACCAUGAGGUCACCGGGGACAUCAUCGUGCCCUCGAUGGUCAUGGGUAUCGAUCAUCUGCGUGAUCCUCGGCUGAACAAGGGCCUCGCCUUCACCCUGGAGGAACGGCAGAUCCUGGGCAUUCACGGAUUGCAACCGGCCCGCUUCAAGACCCAGGAGGAACAGUUGGAACUGUGUCGGAUUUCGAUCUCCCGCUACCAGGAGGAUCUGAACAAGUAUCUCUACCUGGUCGAUCUGCAGGAUCGCAAUGAAAAACUGUACUUCCGGCUAAUUUCGGAGGACGUGGAAAAGAUGAUGCCGAUCGUUUACACUCCCACCGUUGGUUUGGCCUGUCAGAAGUUCGGUUUGAUCUAUCGGCGACCUCGUGGGCUGUUUGUGACGAUCAACGAUCGGGGCCAUGUGUACGAUGUGCUUCGGAACUGGCCGGAACCGGACGUGCGAGCCAUUGUCGUGACGGACGGGGAACGUAUUCUGGGACUGGGAGAUUUGGGCGCUUGCGGAAUGGGUAUUCCGGUUGGUAAGCUCGCCUUGUACACGGCCCUGGCCGGAAUCCAACCGCAUCAGUGCUUGCCGAUUGUGAUCGACGUUGGUACGAACAACCAGAGCCUGCUGGAAGAUCCCCUGUACAUCGGGCUGCGACAUAAGCGUAUUCAGGGUAAAGAAUACGAUGACUUUAUCGAUGAGUUUAUGCAAGCCGUUGUGAAAAGAUACGGCCAGAACACGCUCAUUCAGUUCGAGGACUUUGGUAACCACAAUGCCUUCCGGUUUCUGGACAAGUACAGGGACACGUACUGCACGUUCAACGACGACAUCCAGGGAACGGCUUCGGUGGCGGUAGCGGGUCUACUGGCUUCCAAACGGGUCACCGGGAAAAAGAUUUCGGAGAACAAGUUUCUGUUCCUGGGGGCAGGUGAAGCGGCGAUCGGAAUUGCCGAUCUGGUGGUGAAGGCUAUGGAGGCCGAAGGAGUCGGAGUUCAGGAGGCUCGCGAUAAGAUCUGGCUGUUCGAUAUCGAUGGUUUGCUGGCCAAGAACCGACCGGAAGGUCACCUGGGAGGACACAAGGCCUUCUACGCCAAGGAGCAUCGUCCGAUGAAGGAUUUCGAGGAGGUGGUCAAUGAAGUGAAACCGUCGGUUCUGAUCGGUGCUUCCGCUGUCGGUGGAGCUUUCACACCGAAGAUCCUGCAGACCAUGGGCAAGAACAAUGAACGUCCGAUCAUCUUUGCGCUGUCGAAUCCAACCUCGAAGGCGGAGUGUACGGCGCAAGCGGCCUUUGAAAAUACCGAGGGACGCUGCAUUUUCACCUCCGGUUCUCCGUUCCCACCGGUCGAGUACGGUGGUAAAACUUUCCACACUGGCCAGGGUAACAAUGCGUACAUUUUCCCUGGGGUCGCCCUGGGAGUCAUCGUCACCGGAACGCACCACAUCCCGGAUGAUAUGUUCCUGAUUGCCGCCCAGGCUGUUGCUGAUCAAGUUUCACAGGAGGAUUUGAACAAGGGAUCUCUGUACCCACCGCUCGGUGCUAUUCAGGAAUGUUCGCUGCAGAUUGCCGUCGGUGUUACCAACUAUGCCUACAAGAAGGGUCUUGCCUCAACCUACCCGGAACCGGAGGACAAACAUACCUACAUCAAGUCGCAUCUGUACAACUUCAACUAUGAAUCUGCCAUGCCGGUCACCUGGAAGUGGCCCGCCCAGAAGGAAGUCAAGACUCGCCCGAUAACACCGACCAAACUGCAGGCAUGAGAUUUACCCCAGCUGUAAGCAGCUGCAAACGAACGCGAGCACGCGACAGGGUUCCCAAAUAUUUACUUUUCGUAUCCCAACGAAAUCCUGAACCUACCGAACCUACAUCGAUCUCCCUGUUCGUCGCGUCCCGAGUAGAACUUAUUUGAACAGUGAAAAGAAAAAACAAUAGUGAAAAAAACAGGUGGUUAAGUUAUUACGCGUUUCAGUUUUAAAAAUUGAAUCAAAAAGUGAGGAAAUUUUAGCAUUAAAUUUAGAAAAUACGAUGGGUUUCAAAAACUGAAACGAACCCAUUCUUUAUUUCUUAUAUGUGAUAGUACAGAGGCGAAGGAUGCUGCAACCAACGCAAGAUAUUGAUUAUUGAUUAACCUACCAUACCUAUCCUCUAGUAGGGAUCUAAAACAUCAAUUCACGUUCCUUAACCGAACAGCUUCCGGAGGGGGAGAAGCUGCACGAUACGCGUUACUUAUUAGGCAAACCCAGAAAAAAAACAGACAUCCUCACUUCGUCGUUGGCAGAGCAGUCGUUCGUAGCAACAAACGAACAAAACUAAAAUUAAAAUUAAACGAAAAAAAAAACAAUUGAAACUAAGCAACAGUUACUGAGAGCACUUUUGAAACUGCAGAAAAAAAAAUCCAACUCGUAAAAAGUUAUGUCACACCGAUCAACUCUUAUCAAACGUGUCUAGAAUUAUAAUAAAAUACGUUCGGCGUUUCGGUUUUAAACAAAAUUAUGAUGAUAUGAAGAAAAAAAAACACUGAAUAGUAACCCGUUACAAACGAGAAACUCGUAGAGCGAUUCGAGUAUAACGAGAAGUAAAAAAAUAACAAAAGGUGGAAAAUACGUUAAAAAUAAAAUGUGAAUGUAUUACA